GCAAAACCCCACAGAGCCUACGAGUCCACUGCUAAGGAGAACAUCCCUCCCAAGUCUAUAGCACAGGAGAAAGAGGAGAGUUGCACCGUGGGUCUACCACUCGGCGUGGAGUACGAGCGGAAGAAACAGAGGCUGCAGCAUGAACUCCGUAUGGACUACAGGCGCUACAUGGCUCAGAAAAACCACUUUGGCCAUGCAGAGCCUGGACCGUUAAUUCGCCUCAAUAAUAGGAGAUCCAUCAAGCAACACCUGCUUGAAAGCCAGACGGACGUUCUUCCCAAACAGCGCCCGCCCUCCCGGAGGGAUGCAGCCACUCUCACAGAGGACAGCAGGGGACUGCACAGGGCUUUGCGUCUCGCUGAGCUUAUGACCCUCUGUCCUGAGGCGGACCAGGAGCAGGCGUCAGUACUUCCCAGACACUGUGACAGGCUGGGGAAGCCUCUGGACCGGGACUCCGAGGAGGAGGAGGAGGAGGAGGAGGAGGAGGAGGAGGAAUACUUUAAGGAGCUGGAACUAGUGGAAGGAAGAAGGCGCAGGCAUAUAGGGGUCGAGGCCAGUUAUGAGAAGAGACGAUCCAAUAAGACCGAUGGCAGGGAGCAGAGGGAGGAUCUAGUAGGCAGGGGAUCGAGAGCACUGACCAACAAUGAGGAUGUGGAGUUUGCCACUGGCCUCAAAAUAGGAGCAGUCGAUACAGAGGACGCCUUACAGAGGAGGAAGGAGCGCUACAGACGGGAGCUGCAGGAGCAGAUCGCUGAACAGCAUAGGAACAAGAAGAGGGAGAAAGAUUUGGAGCUGAAAGUCACUGCAACGGGACCAAACGAUCCUGAGAAACGGCCGUACCGAAUCAGACAGUUUGGUCUGUGCCGAAGAGAAACUCAUCAGGCCUUGGAGCCUUCAGCAACGGGAGGGAGUGAGACCUCAUCCAGAGGCCUCCCUAAUAACGUGAAGAUGGGUGUGCGAGUCAGAGAGACUCCUCUUCCUCCUCCCGAGCAGCCCCAUGUGGCCUUCCAGUCCCCUCUGCUGGAGUAUAGCUCCGCCCUGAGCCUGUCGCCCAACAGCCAGCCUGCUGGCCCCUCCUUCCCCAGAACCACGGACACUCCCAGAAUCCCCUUGUUUGCUCCUCAUCCUCCUCCAGCCCUCAGUGAAGCCUACAGGAGCCCGUAUGGAGAGCCCCAUCACUACUACGGCACCAGAAACCUGCUCGACCCCAACAUGGCCCACUAUGGUCCCUUGUCUGUUCCUCCCGUGUCCUACUGGAACGUACCAGCAGGAGGAGCUCCGCCCAGCCACUUUGGAAACCACAGCCAGCACAGUGGCAGCAGCUUCCCUGAGCCUCCAACACAGCCUAGCAGUGAGGCGGCCCCUGUGGAGUCGCACAUCAGGGUUUUCCCCUCCGACAGAUCCAGAUCAACCCCCGAGAGGGUUUUGCGCUACAGGGAGGCUUUGAAACAGCAGGUGGGUAAACCUUCCUACUGCCAUCGUGCAUUGGAAUCAUCACGCUCCUCUGAAACACAAGGAGCUCAGUCCGGGUGUGUAGAUCUUAAUGGUUGCAUUAUAAUUACAGUAUCUGAGGACAUGGAUGAAGUUUCCACCUCGUACCUCUGGUUUUCUGUAUGUAACAAGGCGCCCGCUGCCUGCUCAUGCUCGCGGCUUUCCGUGCAUGAACUUCACAAAUAGCUCACUGAUAAAAGCACUAUUAAGAAGUCUGAAGAUUUUACAAAAGAUGGCAAAUUAGUUUUUAAAUGCUUUAGAAACAGGCAUUUGAUUACAUGUUUAGCCAGCCAAAUCGAAUCGUUUACAGGAUAUUUAACCUUUUUAUUAUUAUUAUUAUUAUUAUUAUUAUUAUUAUUAUUAUACAUUUAAUUCUUGAUUUUUCCAGUUACGCUUGUUGACGUCUUGCUUCUUCACGGUACGGUUUGUUUGUCCGCCCUCUGGUGUUUCGGAGAAUAAUGCAAAAAGCUUUUGAACGUCAAUAGUUAAAGACGGUAAAGGAUUUGUACAUUCAUUUGUACUUCAUUAUGGGUUAAACCCACAAUAAAUGGCUGUGUAUGAACAGCAUCACCUUGGCUCGGCUCCUCUUUGGUUGUUCGCAGGUUUCUUUGAACUCUUACUGCAUCCUAGUCUGUGAUAUGUUGGCAGGAAGCUUCCAGCGGAGGGCGCAGCGAGCUUUACAACAAGGUAAAACAGACCUAGUUAAGACUAAAAGAUCUAGUGAAAGUGGAGUCCGCCCCUUAGAUCCUCAUUCAUUUGUAGACGGUCCACCGUAGACGUGUUGUGAGAUCUCCUCCCUACUCAGCUGGUACUUUACAUCCCAGUUCCCCCUCAAUCCCAUAAGUCCUUCCUUCCUUCUCCGCUCUACUUGUCCCCGAGGCUUGCAUUCUUUGUGCAUUGGAACAUCCCAGAGUGCAUUAUCAUACUGAUACCGACACAUGUGCCUUUAAUUCUGCCCCUCUAUCAUAGAGUUAUAAGUACCAAUUCCUGUUGUGCUGUGCAUUGUGGGAAACGUGCAGAAGUUGUGUACUAUUGGCUCAUGAGUUGCACUUGCAACAUGUGAUUAUUCAAACUGAAAUGUGACAAUGAACUAAACCUCAAAAUGUAUACCUUUUUUUGGCAUCAGGAUUAUACUGUCAUGGAAAUGUAUCUUAUUUUUAUGUUUGACUGUUGGCUGGAGUUUAUAUACUGUAUGUUUGUAUGUAUGUAUGUAUGUACAGUUGUGUGAAAAAGUGU